CCACAUUCCUGCAGCUGCGCAGUAGAUCGAAGUUAUCUGGAUGUCAAUAAGAUAUUUGAUACAGUUCCACAUGGGAUAUGAUGAGUUAAAUGAAAGAAAAUGGGGAUUAGUAUGAAAAUUGAAAGCAUUCAGGAUCAUUCCUUCAACAGUACAGCUUUAGCAGAGUGUGAAGAGAAUAUAGAGUCUGUACAUGAAGAACAAGCAGCAAACUCCACACACAGAGAUGAAAACAACAAAGAAAACUAUCCUGACAGUGCAACAGUCUUAGAGGAAAGCCAGCCAUCACCACAAGACAUCCAGCAGCACGUGGAACAGACAGCCCAUGACUCCACACUACGGGUUGGGAUGGGCAACUUAAAAUUGAGAAAACCCAAAUCCAUUAUAAAACAAGAAAAUGGGAAAAACUAUGAAGAAAGUCAGGUAAUACUGUAAAUGUAUCUGCUUAGUCUAGAU